AUGAACGUGCACGUGCCUAGAGGAGUAGAUGCUCCCAUCCUAGAGGCAGAAGAGGCAGAGGGUGAGGUACCGCUGCUUUCGCUGGCUGGGAUUCCAGGUCGUGAGCCGCCAAUUUACGUGGAGCUUCUGGAGCCGCAUGGCAGCAAACCGCUGCUGCCGACUGGUCAAGCCACCAACGUGCUGCAGCUGCAGGACGGCUCCCACAUUGAAGCCACGCUUGUGACCGCUGGCAACCCCACGAUUUUCGUCUCCUCACAAGCGGUUGGACUUCAGGGCCACGAGCUACCGAGCGAGAUGGACUACAGCCGCAUCCUUCCGAUUGUGGAUCAGCUGCGAGCACAAGCUGCACCGCUCUUCGGCAUCGAGGUCUCAGACCAGCCACGUGUGAGCUUUGUCGCAGAGCCGGCAUUCUAUACCACAACUGCUGGAGAUGAGAUCGAUGCAGGCGCCAUGGAUCUCCUUUCUAGAAUCAGCACGCCAGGUCGCAUCCACCAUGCAUUCACGGGCACCGGAUCCAUCGCCAUUGCAUGUGCUGCGCAGGUGGAGCAGAGCAUUCCGUGGCGCUGCAUUCCGGAAAGUCGUCGAGGGAACUUGUUACGCGUGGGGCAUCCUGGUGGCGUCAUGGAGAUCAAGGCCGACGUUCGCCACUCGGACUCUCGCGGAUGGCAUGCAGUUGGUGCAGGUUUCGAACGUACUUCUAGGUACCUGAUGCGCGGAGAUGUAUUCAUACCUCGCCUGGAACGAGCUCCUUGA